GCAGUCACAAGUUGCUUGUUGCUGUGCUGUGCUGUGCUGUGCUGGCAGUCGACGAAAGGGAAAAGUUGGCCGUCGGUGCUCAACACAGGGGGCUAGUCGCGGCCCGCGCAGUCUGGGAGUCGGCCUGAGACUUCAGGUACCAAAGCCGAAGCCACCACUCUCAGCAGUCACCGCAGGUAGGUUGGCUCAAUGGCUUUCCAGGGUCGAAAAGGUUGCAUUCUCCAAGCAGGAAACCGCAGAAAUCUACUUUACAUCAUGCCGGCCAUCUCAGCAUGUUCAUUCACAGCCAAUUGAGAAUUGAUGCUGGCUCUGCGCGGUGCUUUGUCUCCUACCCGUCUGGGCGUCCAUCCAUGAGCUUCAUGGCCGUCACGUGAUGCGUCCCCUGACCCCACGCUGGACCCAGUUGGGCAACUGGCGCCGCUCGACGGCCCGAAAGUCCAGCUGUCCAUCGCGACGAGCGUCACUAUCUGCCUACGGGACACGCAUCACUGGACCACGCACGCAUCAGCGGCCGCGGCUCAUAUUCACCCCAUUGAUCCUUGGACCCCGGUGCUCGCGCUUGGUUUGCCAACAUGGAUCUAAACGAUUUGAAGAACACGGUCUCGAACCUGACCUUGUACGACCUCAAGGCCGGGUUCCGGAAGGCCCAGAAUGCCGUAAUGAACUACACCGAGAUGGAGUCCAAGGUGCGGGAGGCGACCAACAAUGAGCCCUGGGGAGCCUCGUCGACAUUGAUGCAGGAGAUUGCAAACGGCACAUUCAAUUACCAAACGCUCAACGAAAUCAUGCCUAUGAUCUAUCGACGAUUCACGGAGAAGUCGGCCGAGGAAUGGCGGCAGAUCUACAAGGCCCUACAGCUCCUUGAGUUCCUCAUCAAGCACGGCUCUGAGCGUGUCAUCGACGAUGCCAGGGGCCACAUUACAUUGCUCAAGAUGCUCCGGCAAUUCCACUUUAUCGACCAGAACGGCAAGGACCAAGGCAUCAAUGUUCGGAACCGAGCCAAGGAACUCGCGGAGCUCCUGAGCGACGUGGAGCGGAUCCGGUCCGAGCGCAAAAAGGCACGCGCGACGAAGAACAAGUACACAGGCGUCGAGGGAGGCAUGUCGUUCGGCGGAGGCUUUUCGGGCGGCAGCAGCAGCGGCCGCUUCGGUGGCUUCGGGAACGAAUCAUCUGGCUACGGCGGGAGCAACGCCGAUUAUGGUGGUUAUUCCGGUGGAGUUUAUGGCGACGGCGGCGGCUUCGGUGGCCAGGCCAGCGAUUUCCGGGACACCGGCGGCAGGUCAGACAGGUUUGAAGAAUACGACGAGUUCGACGAGGGCGAGAGGCCCGCGGCUUCGUCGAGGCCCAAGAGGACGACGGAGCGCGCAGGCGUCAAGAAGACCACCGGGGAGGUGGCGAAGAAGAAGGAGCCAGAGGUCGAUCUGUUUUCCUUCGACGAACCAUCGCAGAGCUCCUCCGCCGCUGCCCCCACACCGUCCAACGGCUCACGCCCGGCCGGCGUUGCCGGGCCAAGCGGCGGUGGCACUACGAACGACGACGACGAAUUCGAUGACUUUCAAGAAGCUACGCCGGUCACGCAACCGGUGGCGCCGUCGGGCGGUUACGCCCAGCCGCUUUCGCCCCCUCUCACCUCAACGGCGACCUCUUCCACACAGUUUGCCGCACCGCAGCCACUCUCGGCUCCUCAGAAGGCGGACCUCAGCCAAAUGGUCAGCACGUCGUCCAUCUCGCCGGCGCCGAGCGGCGGCGUCAAUUACUCCGCCUUUGCGUCGCCGCCGGCGCAGUCACAGGCUCCCAAACCGUCCGGGUUUCAGUCCACAGGGCCCAACUACUUUGGCACGGUGUCGUCCCAGCCCACGGCUCAGGCGAGUGGGAGCAUGUCUAGCAUGUCUCCCAUGGCGGCUUCCAGCGGCCCGACCACCAUGGCCAACAUGAAGCCCGUCACCAGCCCGGGCGGUAAGCCGGCCGCGGCGGGUGGGGAUGCGUUUGGCGCGCUCUGGGGCAAGGCCAGCGGUGGAAUCAAGAAGACGGCAACUCCUACGGGCGGGGCGUCCAUGGGCCAGCUGGCCAAGGAGAAGAGCGCGGCCGGCAUCUGGGGGGCUCCAGCGUCCGCGCCCUCGCAACCCGCGGCAGGCCGCCCUGCACCAAGUGGUGGCUCAGCGUCUGACGACCUGCUCGGAUGAGGGGCCGGAAAGGGUGUUAUUGGCAUGAGGAUGGACCAGAUGGCAGGCUGUGGGGUUGGCGGGACCUGAUGCGACCUGUGGUGGGCGAGGCGGAGCAGCAGUGUGAUGUUUGGGGAGCAUGCGUCUGCGAUUGGGCCUUAGAUAGGCGUAAAGGCGCACAAAUUGAAUUGGCAUGUCAUGUCCCUUGGUUGCGGAUGGCAUUGGUG